GGGAAUAUUUGACCCGGAAAUUAACACGUGAACUGAUGGUUUGCAUCCGGUGCAUCUGAACAGCAUUUGUACGUUUGUUUAGCAAGCGGUGUCUAGCUAAUUUAUACAUCUGUUUUAUCGAAAGUUUUUUACAGAUUGCCAAGCUAACUGGCUAAGUAACAUCAGAAAUGACUGAGGAUGUGCAGAAGCACUCUGUACACACGCUCGUGUUCAGGUCCCUCAAGAGGACUCAUGAUAUGUUUGUUGCUGACCAUGCCAAACCAGUCUCCUUGGAUGAAACAAGUCACAAGGUGAAGAUGGCAGCGAAGCUAAGGGCAGACUACAGUGCCGUUCUACACAUGCCCGUUCUGAAAGAGGGCAAGGACAGACCACUGGGAUCCAACAUGCCUGCCAAUCAGAACUAUCUCCAACCCGGUGAUGAUCCAGAGUACUUGAUCACUGGGACCCACGCAUACCCCUCAGGACCUGGGGUGGCUCUGACGGCGGACACUCAGAUACAUAGGAACCCCAGUGAGGGGGGUGUUCAUGCCAUGGCUCUUGCCCUGCCACCAUCACAAGCCAGGCUGGACGCCAGUCGCACAGCAGCCAGUGUUGGGGACAUCCACAGACACGCAGUGGGGGCAGAGAGGUCUCACGCUCCUCACUCACACGCUAUGUCUCUUUUGGAAGGAGGCGGCACCAAAAACUCUUCCCUCAUUGCCAGAAAAGCCCCCACUAUGCCCAAGCCCCAGUGGCACGCGCCGUGGAAGUUGUUUCGGGUCAUCAGUGGUCAUCUUGGCUGGGUGAGGUCCAUUGCCGUAGAGCCCGGCAACCAGUGGUUUGUGACCGGCGCUGGCGACAGAACCAUUAAGAUCUGGGACCUGGCCAGUGGGAAGCUAAAGCUUUCCCUUACGGGACACAUCAGCACGGUGCGCGGCGUGGCCGUGAGCACCCGGAGUCCCUACCUGUUCUCCUGCGGUGAGGACAAGCAGGUCAAGUGCUGGGAUCUGGAGUACAACAAGGUGAUCAGGCACUACCACGGCCACCUCAGCGCUGUGUACGACUUGGACCUGCACCCAACCAUCGACGUGCUGGUCACAUGCAGUCGAGAUGCCACGGCCAGGGUGUGGGAUAUCAGGAGCAAAGCCAACGUGCACACCCUGUCCGGACACACCAACACAGUGGCCACAGUCAGAUGCCAGGCCGCCGAACCUCAGAUCAUCACAGGGAGCCACGACUCCACCAUCAGGCUAUGGGAUCUGAUAGCUGGGAAGACCAGAGCCACUCUCACCAACCACAAGAAGUCUGUCAGAGCACUGGCCUUACAUCCCAGACAGUAUACCUUAGCCUCUGGCUCUGCCGACAACAUCAAGCAGUGGACGUUCCCCGAUGGCAACUUCAUCCAGAACCUCUCUGGACACAACGCCAUCAUCAACGCAAUGGCAGUCAACUCGGACGGCGUGCUGGUAUCGGGAGCUGACAACGGCACCAUUCACCUGUGGGACUGGCGGACGGGCUACAACUUCCAGCGUAUCCACGCCGCCGUGCAACCUGGUUCGCUGGACAGCGAAUCGGGGAUCUUCGCCUGCAUGUUCGACAACUCAGAGAGCAGGCUGAUCACGGCCGAGGCUGACAAGACCAUCAAGGUGUACAAAGAGGACGACACCGCGACCGAGGAAAGCCACCCAAUCAACUGGAAACCGGAGAUCCUCAAGAGGAAGAGAUUCUAGUUUUGGCCAAAAAAUAAAUACUUUCAUUAAUAUCUGUUGUCAAUAUUCCCAUCAAUAGAACCCCAUAAUUUUUGUAACAAGAAUAUUCACUCAAAAACAUACUUUGAACAAGUUGGCUUUUAUUUUCAUUUGAAUCUUUUUUGUUUUCAAUGUACUCAUUAUUCUAAGUACCAUUUUCAGUCUUCAGUGUACGAUGUUAGUCCAACAAAGCAGCCAUUAUGGACAACCUUUAACCUUCCAGAAUGUUUGUUCUUGAUGAUGACCGCUCUCUCAUACCUCUGGUCAUUCUCGUCCACCAUGAGAAGCCACUCCAAAGCUCCGUAAGGGCUCUCCUUAGUGUGCACACAGUCCCCAUUCGGAUCAAUUCCGGUAAAUGUGUGGAAAAUUCUAGAUUUCUAGGUCAGGUUUUAUUUUUUUGUAUUGAUCCAACAGAAUCACCGACUGUAUAUACAAGAGAAAUGUAAUUUGUUGUGCGAUCUGGUGUAUCAAAUAAAUCACUGUAUGAUCAACAGAACCAUUAAAAAAAAAACCAUGUUGCUUCUCAUUUUGAAGUUCCGUGAAGCGUGACUCACCCAUGUAACCAUUGGUGACAACAUUCCGGUAGUCUUUGCAACUGUUUCCCUUGAUCUCCUCCCACUAUCCGUUGUCUCCUGGUUAGUCCUGGAGCGCAGCCGUAUUCCUGGUUUCACUGAUAAUGUGUAAGUUCUGCUCACCUGUUUGACAGAGCAGAGGUACACUGUAACGUGAAACUAAUUCAUAUGGCAAUUUUGGGUAUUGUAAACUGCUCAAACGUUUUACUGCAGCAUACUGUACAUUGUGGGGAAAUAAUUGCUGUAUUUUGAAUGGUACUGUAAUUCCACCCCACAGAAUUCCGUGCUGUGUAGUUGGGAGUGCCAAAUGUUUUAUUUGUUUCUGGCUUAUUGACAUUUUCAGGUGUGCCUUGUAAGAGGCUAUAGUGCACCUGUGAGUGAGUGCUGUACCAAUUUAACUCCUAUGUGUUAUAGUUCCCCAUCAAUUUAAAAUGUAUAGGGAACAGGUUGGAGUGGGGCAAGUCUUAAACAGUUGAGCAUUUUACUUCCCCCUGUAGUCGCUGCCAGUUUGGAAGCUUCCAGAAGUGUUAUAAGACAUCAAAUGUUAAUUAUAUGCUGUAAUUUAUAAACGCUACCUAGCAGCCAA